AUGCCUCGCCGCGGAUUCGGCAAAGGGAAAGGCGGGUACAAGGGCCCGCUCCCAGGGCCUGAAAAGAGCGACGCAGAGGGCGAGCGGUCCGUCACGGCGCAGAAGCCCGCAAAAAGGCCGCCCUUAACUCACUUCCUCUGCCUGCCGCUCGUGACCGCAGAGUCGAGGCCGCAGCUGCAAGCAUCGCUGCAAAGGUUCAAGGAAGCCGUGCUACGUCAGGAGGACGUCGGAUUCGACGCCGAUUUGGGAGCAGAGCAGGAUUACGGAGCGGGGUCGCCAGUGCGUGUGGGGGACCAGGAGCGCCGACUGCCCACCACUACCUCGAUUCCUGAAAAGGCCAUCCGGCCUGUUGGCACGCUACACCUCACGCUUGGUGUGAUGAGCCUCCCGACUCCCGAGAAGGUCGACGAGGCAAUCUCCCUCUUGCAAAGCCUGGAUCUGGCUGCCCUACUCGGGGCGAGCCAGCCUGCAAACCCUGCCGCCGCCGAUGCCGGAAAAGAUGUACCGGCACCAGAUGUAGCACAUGUAAACGCCUCGGACCACUCACCUCUGGUCAUUUCCUUGAGAUCGCUAUUUUCCAUGCAUCCCCCUCACAAGACAUCCAUCCUCUACGCAGAGCCCGAAGACCCGACGCGCCGACUGCAUUCGUUCUGCAAUGCCCUCAGGCAAAUGUUCACGGAAAAAGGUUUGGUUAUUGAGGAUACACGGCCUCUUAAACUCCAUGCGACUGUAGUUAACACAACCUACGCAAAGACCAGAGGAAGGCACGGUAAGGGCUUCAUCAGAAGCGGCACUGGCUCGUCAGAGCAAUCAAAGGAGGGUACCGCUGAAGCUUCCACAGGCACUUCGACUGGGCACGGGCCGAACGCUCGUGCGCCUAUUCGGCUAGAUGCAACCCCAUUACUCUCAAAGUAUGCGGAUCAUAUUUGGGCCGACAGCAUACAUGUAGACAGAGUUUCCAUCUGCAAAAUGGGCGCAAAGAAGAUCCUCAAUUCACAGGGGAUUGUGGUUAGCGAGGAGUAUGAACAGAUUGCAUCAGCUGAGAUUAGAGGAUAG